UCUUCCAGUUAAAGAUUCGGUCGACCACCGGUUUCAGAGGUCGCACCGCCGAUUCCCUAAUGUUGUCACGGACUUCUAAACCGGCCGCAGGGCUUUUGGGCUCUCACGGUUCCCCUAUUUGCCGGAAAUGUGCCCUUCCUUCGACGGUGCGCGGGCGCGAGGUUUUUCUCCGAUACCAGAACACCGCCAGCGAUUCUUCCGACCGACCGCCACGGCCUCGCUCGCGCAAUGAUCGCAGACCGCACGCGGAAAAUAAGAGUCGACGAAGGGACCAGAGCAAAAAAGUGCCCAUUGAGGUGACUUCGCUAGGAAGACCUGGUGAGGUGGUGGUCCUCCCGGAACGAACACGGCGUCGCCGCCAGCCUGCCCCAAUCGAACAAGAACCCAAGGAUGGGACCGAGGACACCGCCCUCCCAUUUUUCUUGGAAGAGAUAGACAACGAUGAUGGGCUUGACGCAAUCGAGCGCAUCGAGUCCUUCCGUUCGGCACACCAACCCGGGAAUAAAUUGUCUGGCGCCGAGUGGGAGAAUCUCAGAAAGGACAUCCAGGGCUCUUUCACAUCGCAGCAAUUAUCCGAUUAUCUUGAGGAGUUAUCUCGCGGUGUCUCAGAAUUCAGCGGUGGUCAGCAGUCAAGCGAGGGGACAGACGCCGGCGCAUGGAGGCCUGGGAUCUCGGCGUUUGUGGAAAUGGGACCAGUCUCGCAGGAGGGCGUCGCGGAUAGGAUUGCGACGUCACAAGGCAUGAAGGGUAAAGAACUUCUUGUGGAGAAGAUUCUCCGUGACUACUGGGGUCUUGGUGUGGCCGAUGAGCCUGGACAGCUGGACGUCCGUCCCCCUGCCCACUCUUUAUCGCUACUUUUGAACGCGAAAACCUUCUCCUUUGGAGAGGUAGCAAGUCUCCAUGAAGCGAAGAUCGAUAUCACACAUUCGCUUGGCCUUGUGAGGAUCACCGGGGAUCAAGAAUCCUGCGAAUCAAUUCGUGAAAUUAUAUGCGACACCAUGGCCAGGAUCCGGCACGAGGGGAUCAAUUUAUACCAGGAUAAGGCUGGAGUCAAAGGCAAUGGCCGCAUCUUCAGCGCUGAUUUCUUAUCGUGGGUCGGUAAGACUUAUGGGGUCGCCUUUGAACUGGGGCCGUCGGAUGUUCCGGUCAAACUGUACUACCUGGCUGAGAAUCAGAGUGGGCCGGAUGAUGCUCGGAGGACCCUGAAUCUCGCAAUUUAUGAUGCUGCAUCUUCGUCGAUACCAUUUGGCACCUACUUGUCCGCAUCCGAGCCGGCGGAUGUCCAUCCCGUCGACCCGGAGAACAACACAUCCUGGCCCAAUCGUCAGAAGGAGUGGUUUCGCUGGGGCAUGCCAUCUACCGAGCCUUCGGAGAGGAGGGUAUUCGACACUCCUCUAUUUGAUAACCACGAGACGCGCCUCUCUGCCGAACUUCUGAAAUUGCUUCGGCGAGGAACUCCCGGCGCUCCCCAGGACGGGUCUACUGCAGUCCGAGAGACUGUAACAGCGGCCGUUGGGAAGUGUCUCUUCCAACACAAAGCGCCGUUCGAUAAUCAACUGGCUAGCCCCUCUCAACUUGGCAAAAUGGCCCUCCCCCGUAUCUUUACCACAGACAUUCCUCGCGUGCCGUCUUUCCUCGGAUCGUUGAGACCCCUCGAGUCCUCUCGGAUCCACCGCUUCCGGCUGGUCCCGUCGGCUAUACACCAAGGCGUCUUUCCCCAGCUGGAGGUAGAAGCCACGAUGAAAGCGCCGCUCGACGAAUCCCAUACAGGGCUAGACAUCGCCGUGUCCUCCGCGCAGGCUGUGCUGUCCCAGAACAGCGUGGACUACCUGCUGCCGGAAAGUGGACUGGAUCUACGGUUCACGCGGAAGUUGACGCGCGACAUAUCGGAAGAGUGCGGCGAAGGUAGCUCGCUCGCCGGGCUCCGGGGUACCCUGCAAGGUCUCCUCGCCAAGAGCCAGGGUUUCGAUGAUGUGCUUCUUCCAAUAUUCUACAAGAUCACACUCCCCAACCGAUUCUUGAACCGGAAGGAGCCAAGUCAGGAUGCGAACGGACACACCACCGGGGAGUACAUGUUCACGCCCGUCGACGACAUCCGAGCCACCCGCAUCCAGCAGUACGAUUUCCAGAACCAACAGCUGAGUUACUCUUAUUACGAGAGUGGUCCGUUCUUGGCACACCACACUACCGAUCUGUCGCUGGACUUGGAUUUAACGGGCGGGUCCGAACCCAAACCUCCCAUUCCAUCGGAGUCGUCUGAGACCGGUGACGCGGCGCCACAGACUGUGGAGGAUAAGUUCGAUUCAUUCUACAGCGCUUCGUGCUCGCUGGCGUUCAAAGUGGAUCGAGCCUGGCGAUUGCUGUAGCCUGACAGGGGAGGCUGAUUUUCACGCACAACUGUAUUAUAGAUAUGGGAUCUUUGGU